AUGGCAUUGAAAAUAUGGUCUGCUGUCAUGAGAGGUCCCACAACUUCUUGGAUGAACAACAAGUUUCCAAAGCAUACGGUGUCAAAGCAGAAGACACGGGUCCAAGAAAAAAGAAAAUUCUUGAAAGAGCAGAUUCUCAAUAAUGAAACUGAUAAGCUGCUCCAUCUGUGGGUUGUCGGGUUCGUGGUCGGGAUAUCGGUUGCGUUCCAUGGUUCGCUCCCGUCGGUUCCUGAUGAUAUACAGAUGCUACGACACGGAGUCCGCAUUCUGCUCCGUGGUUUAUCGGAGGCUUGUUAG